GAGGCGUUAAUGCACGUUUGUAAGUUUGGGGGGUAUCAGAGACUGCGGCCAUUCUGGCUCAGUUCAAUGACCCUCUCUAAGGAAAUCUCUUCGGUGUUAGAUCCAAAAUGGCCGACACAUGGGCUAAAUUGCGUAAUAGUGUCACACUGAAGUUCCCUCUAGUAUUUAACGUCACAGCAUUGGAUGAGAAAAUAAAAGACAUAUCUGCCCUGACUCACAGGACUAAGCUGAACCUGCACCAGCGCUCCCCCUCUCUACAGUUGUACGGACGGUGACGCUGAACCAGCCUCGCGGAGGCGCAUUCAGUACUCUGCGGCGCAGUAUGGCGGAGGGGGAGGCAGGUGCGGCACUCGGAGACCGGCGGGGUGGGAAGUGGACCUCAGGAAUCAGCCUUGUGAUCGGGAAUCCAAAAUCCGAACCGAAUCCAGGACCGGCUUGACUUCAGUUGAUUUUCUCUUGUGCUUCGCUGAAUCAUUUUGAAGACGGGGACUGUAUUAGAGCGCUCCUGCCUGCGUUUCCCGGGCACGCGGAACAGUGCGACAGAGCCGCAUUGACAACGAGAAGCGAAAAAAAGAGAAGAUUCCUGCGCCAGGGAAAGGAAGAUUUUUGGAACAUUUUAAAUUACACGUUGUUCUUGACGGCUACACACGUCUUGAAGACAUAUGAGUAAUUGUCGUUUGGAUUUCCGCGUCUUUUUUCUGAUCUGCAGCGAGAGCAGCCGAGGGAGCUACAGAAAAUACGAACUGAACCCAUAUGCGCCAAUAAUAAUAAUCAUUUAAAAAAUGCCAUUCAUUUUAAAACGAUUUUGUCAUCUGUGGGAGGCACAUUGACCGUUAACGUGGAGAAAGUAAUCUCAAAAUAGCAGGUGGGACUUAAGAAGACGAGAGAAAGAGAGACUGAGAGCAAUUAGCUGUCCAUCUCUCCGUGGUUUUCUGGCUUUUGUCGCGCGUGAGACUGAAAGAGUGGGAGAGAGGAGAGGACGGUGGCGAAGAGAAGGAGACAGCCUGUGUUUGCACGUCUCUGAAUAAACAGGCAUAAGUGAGAAGAGCAGAGAGGAGGAGGAAGAAGGGAAGGACUGUCGAGGCAUUGCAGGAGCGGAGGGUAAAAUACAGCUUCAUUAUAAGGGGUGCAGGUGUGAGGAUGGCUCCGCUUACCAACGUGUGGCAGGCUUGAGAGACAGAUGGGGUAGGGCAUCGGAUCUGUGGAAAUGGGGUGUUCUGUUACGAUGGGCAAGCGUAGCGGAGUGUGGAUGUUCUGUGGUUUUCUGCACGAGAAGGGUGGCGCUAGUCCGCUAAUCUUGUGCUAGCGUUGCGCUGGAGUCUGGAGGCACCUUCUGCCCUCCUCCUCCUCUCGCUGCGGGACAGACGUCAGGCAGCGUGGGUUCCCCCGCCACCUGGGAGGAACGGCAGCGCGCGCCUGACAUUUCCGUCUCACUUGAUUCAUGAGUGUGUUCUCCCUGCAAAUUUUCACAAGAUCAGCCGAAAGUGUUGCGGUACUGAGAAUGGAGGGUGUGUGGUUUAGCGGAACAAGGUAUUUGGGAACACCGGAGGAGAACAUGAAGAGGUAGAUACUUCCUGUGUCCCGUUCCCUCCUUCCUCUUAGGAAUCUCUGGAUGUAUUUCUCCCCACCCUCCGGAGACACACACACACACUCACGCAUGCACACACUCACGCACACACGCAGAUACACACAAACACAGAUACCCUCAUAACGUGUCCCCCCCCCCCCCCCCCCCCCCCCCCCAGCAUAUAUCUCCUUCUGAUAAAAUCUAAGCUCCUCCCUCUCAUCAAAGCUUAGCUACUCCCUCCAAUCUCACGUUUCAGCCCCACUGGUUGUUGGUGUGGAUCUAAGAGCAGGACCCCCACUGCUCCCCAACACCCCUCCGGAACUGUGCGACUGUCUCUGCUGAUUCGACGGUGACUCUGGGAAGAGUGUUUUGAGGAAGCAGACCUACCAGUGGCUGUACAGAGCUCUCAGAUAGAGUGCGAAAAGAAACUGAGUCUUUAAGCUCAAUCCAGCCCUACCUCUCCUUCCCUCUCCCCCCCACUCAGUACUGGUGGGGGGGGGGGAGCUCCACAGUCACCCUGGGUCGCCCAGCCGCAGCGAGCGGGUAGAGGGGGGUCCUGACCAUGGAGGCAGGCCAGGGCAGCCCAGAGAGCCCUAACCGGGCGGUGGAGUAUCUACUGGAGCUCAACAACAUCAUCGAGAGCCAGCAGAAGCUGCUGGAGACGCAGAGGCGGCGCAUCGAGGAGCUGGAGGUGCAGCUGGACCGGCUGAGCCAGGAGAACAAAGACCUGCGACUGGACCGGAACCCGCACGGGGCCGAGUCCGGCGGCGGCGCCCAUCAGAACCAGAGCCAGACCCCUUCCGCGCCCGGCCACGCGCCCCUGUCCAACACCGGCUCCUCGCCCCUGCCGCCGCCCCCCGUGCCCGUACGUGAGGUGCGGGCCCACGGCCGGCUCACCCGCGGCCUGUCCUGUGGCUCCGCCCCCGAGAGGGUGGACCGGGCCUCGGGCGACCGGGAGAAGGAGAAGCCGGACCGGAGCGACGGAAAGAGCACCCAGCCCGCCGCGCCGUCGCAGAGACAGUCAGACGGGGACUCGUCCAUUAAAGACAGUGUGGACACGGAGGCCGGAAGUUUUUCGGACAGUCCCUGCAGCCAGGCCCCCUACCUCCGAAGUGCAGACCCCCACCGGGAUGGCGGUGGCCCCCCGGGGUCCCGCGGCCCCCCUGUGGCCCCACCCAGCCCGGCCAGCCUGGCGUGGGCCCAGCGCACGCGGAACCAGCCCGCUAGCCUGGCGCUACGCAAACAGGAGGAGGAGGAGAACAAGCGCUGCAAAGCCCUCUCGGACAGCUAUGAGCUCUCCACCGACAUGCAGGAUAAGAAGGUGGAGAUGCUGGAGAGGAAGUACGGCGGCUACUUCCUGAGCCGGCGGGCGGCGCGCACCAUCCAGACGGCCUUCCGGCAGUACCGCAUGAACAAGAACUUCGAGCGCCUGCGCAGCUCGGCGUCGGAGAGCCGCAUGACGCGCCGCAUCAUCCUGUCCAGCAUGCGGCUGCAGCACUCCUUCGACGAGCGGCAGCCGCACUACGCGCUCGCCCAGGGCGCCGGCGCCGGCGGCGCGCAGGGCCUGGACCCCGCCUCCCCCCCCAACCCGCAGGGCGACCCGCCCGAGCACUACCCCCGCCUGGAGGACUCCUUCUCUAAACAGGUGAAGUCUUUGGCCGACUCCAUGGACGAGUCGCUCACCUGUGUGGCGGCCCAGGACUCCCAGGAGGGGGGCGGUGACGCGGGGGUCCUGAGCGGGGUGGAGAGCGACGAUUUCGGGGAGUGCGUGUGGAGCAACAGCAGCAACCCCUCGUCCCGCAGGGGAGGCGGGGACCGGGAGAGGGGCGGGGGGCGGGGCCUGGGGGCGCACGGCGACAGCACGGCCACCUCCUACAGCGACGUGACACUCUACAUGGACGACGGCCUGCCCUGCUCGCCCCUCUCCCUGGACCGGGCCCCCAGCAGCACCGACACCGAGUACUGGGGCCCCGGGGGCGCGGGGGGCGGCCGCGAGGACAGCCGCGACACCGAGGGCGGGGGCAGCAGCAACAGCCGGCGGAGCACCCCGUGCACGGAGUGCCGGGACUACCGGCUGCGGGCGGCGCACCUGCCGCUGCUCACCAUCGAGCCGCCCAGCGACAGCUCGGUGGACAUGAGCGACCGCUCGGACCGCGGCUCCCUCAGCCGGCCCCUGGCCUACGAGCAGGAGGGGGGCGGCGGGGGCGGCGGCUCGCCCCAGAGCGCCGUCAAGCACGCCCCCGCCACGGCCCAGGGUCAGGCCCGCCCCAUCGGCCGGCCCCUCCCCUCCCCCGUCCCCGCCCACAUCCCGCACCACGUCCACCACCACCACCACCCCCACCACCACCACCACCACCCCAUGCACCACCACCAGUACUCCGACACGCCCUCCUCUUCCUCCUCCCCGCACCCGCAGCCCCCGCCCACCCCGCUCUCCUCCUCCUCCUCGGCCGCCCCGGCCCCUGGCAGCCUGGACCAGCCCUGCUGCUCGGACGGGGACAACGACUCGCUCAACUCCACCACCAACUCCAACGACACCAUCAACUGCAGCUCCUCGUCCCGGGACAGCCUGCGGGACCCGCUGCCCCCCCUGGGCAAGCAGACCUACCAGCGGGAGAGCCGCCACAGCUGGGACUCGCCCGCCUUCAACAACGACGUCGUCCAGAGGAGGCAGUACCGCAUCGGGCUCAACCUCUUCAACAAGAAGCCGGAGAAGGGGAUCCAGUACCUGAUCGAGCGGGGCUUCGUGUCGGACACGCCCGUGGGCGUGGCCCGCUUCAUGCUGGAGCGGAAGGGCCUGAGCCGCAUGAUGAUCGGGGAGUUCCUGGGCUGCCGACAGAAACAGUUCAACAAGGACGUGCUGGACUGUGUGCUGGAUGAGAUGGACUUCUCAGGGAUGGAUCUGGAUGACGCACUGAGGAAGUUUCAGGCCCAGAUUAAAGUCCAAGGGGAGGCCCAGAAAGUGGAGAGACUCGUUGAGGCCUUCAGUCAGCGGUACUGUGUGUGCAACCCGGUGCUGGUCCGACAGUUCCAGAACCCGGACACCAUCUUCAUCCUGGCCUUCGCCAUCAUCCUCCUCAACACGGACAUGUACAGCCCCAACGUCAAGGCUGAGAGGAAGAUGAAGCUCGAAGACUUCAUCAAGAACCUGAGAGGAGUGGAUAACGGUCAGGACAUCCCGCGCGAGCUGCUGGUGGGGAUCUACCAGCGCAUCCAGAAGUGGGAGCUGCGGACCAACGAUGACCACGUGUCCCAGGUGCAGGCGGUGGAGCGGGUCAUCGUGGGAAAGAAACCGGUGCUGUCCUUGCCGCACCGCAGGUUGGUGUGCUGCUGCCAGCUGUAUGAGGUGCCCGACCCCAGCCGACCCCAGAGGAGUGGGGUGCACCAGAGGGAGGUUUUCCUCUUCAACGACCUGCUGGUGGUAACCAAAAUCUUCCAGAAGAAGAAGAACUCAGUGACCUAUAGCUUCCGACAGUCGUUUCCUCUGGUGGAGAUGCAGGUUCACAUGUUCCAGAACUCCUACUACCCCCACGGCGUGCGGCUGACGUCGGCCGUCCCCGGCGGGGAGAGGAAGGUGCUGAUCGUGUUCAACGCCCCGAGCCAGCAGGACCGCACCCGCUUCACCAGCGACCUGCGGGAGAGCGUGGCUGAGGUGCAGGAGAUGGAGAAGUACCGGGUGGAGUCUGAACUGGAGAAGCAGAAGGGAGUGAUGAGACCUGGCCUCCUGAGUGGGGGGGUAGGAGGAGGUGGGGUGAAGACGGAAGCAGUGAAUGGCAUUCUGGGAAGGCCCAGUCUGGAUGACACCUACACCACUGGAGAAGGACUAAAACGUACUGCACUGAGCUCGUCCCUGAGGGACCUCACAGAGACAGGAAAACGGGGUCGCAGAAACAGUGUUGGAUCCUUGGAUAGCACCAUUGAAGGAUCCAUCAUUAGCAGCCCCCGGCCUCACCAGCGCCUCCCCAUGGCGGGAGUGGUGUCUGGCGCUUAUGGUGCUGAAGACUUCCGGCCUCACCGCCCCAUCCUGAGCCCCGGAGUGGGGGUGGGGGGUGGGCCGGGGCAACAGCACAGCCCUGCGGGGCCAGCAGGAGGGGGCGGGGGAGGGGUCGGGGGUGGGGCAGUCUGCAGUGGGCCACCCUACCCCGCCCCUGUCCCGCCUCCCACCACCGGAGGGCCACCCCCUCACUCCCCCUCCUCUCUGAGCCAAUCAGAGGGAGGCGUGCCUUCCAAGAUCCAGGCCUUGCACGCACAGUACUGUCACGCCAGUGGCGUCCAGGCCCCGCCCCCUUACCACCACCAUCAUCGCUACCACGUCCAGACCGUGCCCCCCCCAAACCACGCUUCGCCUACACCGCCACCCACCCACCACACGCUGCACAGAGGCUCUCUGCCUCGGCGCCCGCCGCCCGCCCCCACCCACGCCCAGCUGUCCCAGCUCCCCCCGCACGCUUUGCAGGGUCGCUACGGCAACAUGGCGCAUGGCAUGGGCUGCCCGCCGCCUCUCUCCCCCGUCUCCCCACAUCCUCUCUACCACACCCAGCCCACACAUUCGGCCCGGGGCGGCCCCGCCAACAAGCUGCCCCUCACACAAGCUCUCUCCCACCCCGGCCACACCCACCCCUCCUACACCCACCCCGGCCACGCCCACACGCCCCACCCUUCCUCCUCCCACACCGGGCACCCGCCUCACUUCGUCUUCAACACGCCCCUGAUGCCUUCCGCCCGCCACCUGCCCCAAGCACCCGGGGCAGGAAGACGAGAGAGAGCAGAGACUCACGGCGGAUCAGCUCCGGACAGAGCCCAGGGGGCCUGA